AUGACUGAUCUUGCUGCAAAAUUUGCGGAAAAUGAAAUUACACCUAACAUUAUUCCAAAUUCACCAGCAAAAUUACUGAAUUGCAACUGGGAUGGUAUACAAGUGCAACCUGGACAAAUGAUGUCACCACGAAAUCUUCGUUUUGCACCACGUGUUACCCUGGAUGUUGAUCCAGAAUCGACAUUUUCCAUGAUCAUGAUCGAUCCUGACAAUCUGUCACGAAAGAAUCCAUCUGUAGCCGAAUGGCUUCAUUGGCUGGUAGUAAAUAUUCCCGCAAGCAAUAUACAGGAAGGCAUUAAUGGAGGACAACAUCAAAUGGCAUAUGGAAGUCCUGCACCACAACCUCGAACCGAUUUACAUCGCUAUAUAAUACUUCUGUAUGAACAUCAGGGACGACGAUUACAAGUCCCAAAAAUUAACAGUAGAGCUAAAUUUAACACGAAACAAUUCGUGGAGAAAUAUAAAUUAGGUGACCCAAUUGCUGGCAACUUUUUCUUGGCGCAAAAUGAAGGCUGA